AUGCGACCACUCACACCAGCUUUGGCUAAAAUAGCUAAGGAGCAACUAAAUGAAAUACCUGAACGUGUAGAACAGGACUUGUUCAUAUUAAGAGUUUGGAUACGUCAGCAAAUUCAUCUGAGAGCCCGUACUUCUGAUGAGUUUUUGAUUGCAUUUCUCAGAUGUUGUAGUUAUAGUUUGGAAGAAACCAAAAAACGUAUAGAACUUUUUUUCCAUUUUUAUAAUGUGCUGCCACAGAUUUUUUAUAAUCGUCUUGUAACGGAUCGCAUACUACACAUGAACCGUUGUGGCAUACAUAUCUAUCCAGAAUUUCCGAAAUGUGACAACAAUACUGCUUUGCUUAUGGUACGUUGUGGUCAAUUUUCGCGAAAGCAGCAUAGGCAAUGUGAAUUAAUUAAGUUUGUUACUAUGGCUAUGGAAAUCAUGGCUCUAGAGAAUGAUAAUGCAAAUGUAGCAGGUGUAACACAAAUUGUUGAUUUGGCUGGUAUAGAAAAUGCAUUCUUUCAUAGCUUUGAUCAUCAUACUAUGAAAAUGUGGUAUUUUUGGAUAAGAGAUUGUCUUCCUUUACGGAUAAAACAAGUUUAUUUUAUAAAUGCAAGUAAAGAUAUGCUUCGCAUGAUGCAGAUUCAAAAAUUCUUUCAAAAUGAAACUGAUUAUCCGAUGACUGUUUUAAAAACAACUGAAGAACUUUACAAUCAUGUUCCAAGAAAAUGCCUUCCAGAAGAAUAUGGUGGUUAUAAUGGUCAUAUUGCCGAAUGUAUUGGUUAUAUGGAAGACACUCUGAGAAGUUACAAAACCUAUUUCGAAGAAGACAUUCUAUACGGUAUGAAUGAAAACUUACGCAGUGGUGAUGUCAUACCUUAUGAAGCUGAAUUUGGUCUUGAGGGAUCUUUUCGCAAACUUGAAUUGGAGUAA